AUGAUCAUAUCAGAGAAGAACCGCAAAGAAAUCUGCAAAUACCUCUUUCAAGAGGGUGUAUGUUACGCCAAGAAAGAUUUCAAUUUGGCAAAGCACCCAGAAAUCGAUGUUCCUAAUUUGCAGGUGAUUAAGCUUAUGCAGAGCUUCAAAUCAAGGGAAUAUGUCAGGGAAACUUUUGCAUGGAUGCAUUAUUACUGGUUCCUGACGAAUGAUGGAAUUGAGUUUCUCAGAACUUACCUAAAUCUUCCUUCUGAAAUUGUCCCUGCUACUUUGAAGAAACAGGCUAAGCCAGCUGGGAGACCUUUCGGUGGUCCACCCGGGGAUCGUCCUAGGGGUCCACCAAGAUUUGAAGGGGAACGUAGAUUUGGAGGUGACCGAGAUGGAUACCGGGGAGGUCCUAGAGGACCUGGUGGUGAAUUUGGAGGAGACAAGGGAGGUGCUCCUGCUGAUUACAGACCCUCAUUUGGGGGUCCUGGUGGAAGGCCUGGCUUUGGUCGUGGAUCUGGUGGUUUUGGAGCACCUACCAGUUCAAAUGAUGCUUAA